UUUUAUUUGGCUGAAUCCGUACUCGUAAAUAUUCUACCGGUUGCUGGUUAUAUCUUUAGCGGCAGAUUUGAACCUUUUUUUGUAUUCGUUAAUAAAUAUACAAAGUACCGCAGAUAUUAUCCGCAAAAUGGAUUAUCAUGCCCACCUGCCGUUAUCGCCUUUAGCCAUGGUGCUGCUCGCAAUCAGCGGUUAUGGGCUCGUUUCGUACGAGACACCAGGAGCCAGCGCAUACGUCGUUGGCAAGUAUAAUGCCUCGGUUUAUGCCACACCGGAUGUGGCCUACGGUCGACUAUGUGGUCUUCCCAAUGUGAUGCCGGCAAUGGAGAGUCUCGAGCCGGAAAAGACGCACGGACUGUGGUACACCUACCGGGCACUUACUUCACCAUUCGUACCGCACGGCCUCAACGAGAAACUGUACGUGCACAAGAUCAGCCGGACGGUGGUACCGCUGACCAGUAUCCUGGCGGAAUACCAGUGGACAGUGGGAUCGCACUACUAUCCAACGGAACCCGGCGUCUGUCAGUUCUGGUACUGGGUCGGCAGCGUCGGACGCGAUGGAACGGAGCGAGGCGAUGUUUACUUGUCACGCAGCAGUUAUAUUCCCAUCCCAACGCAUUUUGUGGCGGUGCUGCAUAAAGACGACAAAUACUACAUUGAGUAUGGAUGUGCGGAGACCAACCUGGCCACCGGCAUCUGCAGAGUACCGAUGGCAUUCGUACGCACCCGAAUACGGCCCAGUAAAUUGUCGGCCUACGACCGGCAGGAGAUCGACCGGGCCGUGAAUGCGGUGUUUGCACCGUACUGUCUGACGGCGGAGGAUAUUCCGCUGCAGAGCUUCGUGGAUGCCACACCCGACUGCGAAUUUCCCGAACCACCCGAGUGCGUUCCCCAAAAGAUAAAAGCGCUUUCGCAGCUACCCGAGCCUGUGCUUUAAUUCAACGCUUCAGCGUGGCGUACCGCGUAUAUGGCCUAUAUGGCGUACCGCGAUGCACAGUAUUGAACUGAAUUUUAUUUAAACUGUAAGUCUGUAUUCCUAAAUAUUUUGUCAACGUUGGUUUUGUAAUAUUUUGUAAAAUUUUGUAUCAGGUUCAUGAGCAGUUUAUAGCAAAAGACUGUUCCUUUGGGCAUAGCCGCAUACUAUAGCAGCAAAAACUGGACUACAA